AUGGCGACUAGUAGAGAGCUUCCGAAACAUGCUGAUCUUCAGCCUUGCAGCCAUGCGGUCGCAGGACAUGAUGGAACACUUUCCGACGUUGACGGCGAGCUUUUCAUCAAGCCCUGUGUUCAGCAGGAGAUAGACUUUUACGAAAAGACCUUUCAGGAUCACCUCGAGUUCGCUUCGCUGAUGCCUCUCUACUUCGGGACUCUCUCGCUUAACGAUGCGACCGAUAUCGAAUCCCUAAACGAACAACUUCCGGUGGUUGCUGACCAUAUGAGCCGGGAACUAAAGGAGGAGGCGAUCUCCAGGGCGAAGGCGGCUGCGGCCGAAGCAGCGGACGAAGAACCGGCCGAACAAGCGGCCGAACAAGCCGAAGAAAUAAUCGAUAUCUCGUGGAGGCCGAACAAAAACCGCAGGAUCCCGACUAACAAGUCUGUCGUGCUCCAAAAUAGCACGCACGGCUUCAAGAAGGCCAACAUUCUUGACGCUAAGCUCGGCCGGCGACUAUGGGCCGACGACGCGCCCAUGGAGAAGCGCAAGAGGUUCGACGAGGUCACCAGGCAGACAACAACCGGGUCACACGGGUUUCGCAUCGCAGGCAUGCGCGUGUACAAAGGGACCGACAACCCGGAGGAGUUGGACGCGGACGGCUUCCAAAACUACAGCAAGGACUAUGGCAAGUUUGGCGUCAGCAAGGACAACGUCGCCCAGCCUUUUAUCAACUUCAUCUUCAACGAGAGAGCGGGGAUCGACAAAGAUCUGGGGAGAGCAGUCGCCCAGGCCUUCCUAGAGGAGCUAAAACAGGUGGAGGAGGUCCUGGCCAGCUCGGAGACCCGCAUGUACUCGGCGAGCUUGCUGUUCACCUUUGAGGGAGAUGGUGAGGCGCUCCGAGCCGCCAUUGAGGAAAACAACGCCCUAGUUGAGAGGGUCAACGCUAUCAAGCAAACGAAAACCCACAUUGAAGAAAAGAAAGGCACCGUGGCUGGGUGCAGCAGCCUCGUGAUGAAAGAUCUGGAGCAAGGCGAGGAACCACAAUCCAACGGGAUAGGCUUUGUUCAGGAAAGCUUCGCCGCGAUCGAUGGGCAGAUAAUUUCUGGUGCCAUUGAAGGAGACGUCAAAGUGAUGGAGUUGAUGGGAGAUGUUUCGACUGAUGGCGAAGAUGAGGACUAUGACGACUAUGAGUUGUCCAGCCAGCCACGGAUCUUCUCCUUGAAGCUCAUCGACUUUGCCCACGCCAAGUGGGUUCCCGGACAGGGCCCUGAUGAGAACAGCUUGGUAGGGGUUCGGAGCAUCAUCAAGGUUUUCGAAGAGCUGGCUCAAUAA